AUGAUUUUUACACAAUUUCCUACGAAAGAUCCAUUAGAUCCUCCUCCUCCAUCUUACAAUUACUCGGGUGCUCCAAAUCAAACACCAUAUCCCGCACAGAAUUACCAACAAGGAGGAACUGCGGCAUACAAUUACACCACCGUUCCGAAUGCUCCUCCUCAAAACAUGACGUCAUAUCCUGGCGGGGGCUACUAUCAACCUCAAGCACAAAUGUAUCAGCCUGCACCGGCUGGAUAUAUGCAGCCAGUACAACAAAACGCUUUUCCACCGAACGCAUCGACUGUCUACGUGCCUCAAGUUCAGUAUGAUGGUGACGCUCGAUUUUCACCCAACUGCCCACCAAUCGUUCCGCCACCACCUCCGGGCUAUGCGCCCAAUCCGGCACAACAACUGUCCCAGGCCGGUUUCAAUGUUCAAGUUCCACAGGGCCAGUACGCGAGAGAUCCAGGAUGGACUUUGUGGUAG